AUGGCAUCAAAGUCCAGUAGCAUCAGAUCCGCAUCCAGAGACAAAUGUGAGCUUCAUGUCUCAUCUGUUCUUCUUCCUCCUCAGUUUAGUUCAGUGGGGUGUAGCCACAAUAAAUCCUGUCUCAGAGACCCAGCGGGCUGUCACCCAGACUCCGAUCCCCACUGCUUCUUCCUGUCCUUCAUCACCGACCAAGAAGAAUCCAGUGUGAUGUUUGAACUUAGUGGGCCUGCUGAAGGUUACGUGUCCUUCGCCCUGUCUCUGGACAAAUGGAUGGGGAACGAUGAUGUCUAUCUGUGUGUGAACGAUGGAGGCAGCGUUACCAUCAGUGCUGCACAUGUCACUGGACGAACACACCCUGAACUGGAAACACAGGAGGAUCUGUGGGGUCAGGCCUGGAGGGUGGCUGAUGGGGUCAUUCAGUGUCGUUUCCAGAGAAACAUCCUCCUACCUCGGCUGGAGAACAGGUUCAGCUUUAACCACAGCUACUUCCUGUUUCUUGCACAUGGUAGAUCUCAGCAGGGUUUAAUCCACAGACAUGAUCAGCAGCCUCUCAUUUCCACCACUCAGAAGAGGAUCACGGGACAUCCAGAAGAUCUCUGUGGCUCCCGCUCCCCCCUGCUAAUCAAGUUUCAUGGUGUGUUGAUGCUGACUGCUUGGAUGUGGACGGUGAGCACGGCCGUUUUCAUUGCUCGCCACUACAAACACUUGUGGCCUGACACAACUCUGCUGGGACAAAGCCUGUGGUUUCAGCUCCAUCGAACCAUGAUGGUCUUGGCUGUAGUCCUAACUGGUGUGGCCUUCAGCCUGCCUUUCAUAUAUAGAAGGGGAUGGAGCAAGCGUGCAGGCUCACACCCUUACAUCGGCUGCACUGUCAUGGCUCUGUCUGUCAUCCAGCCAAUUAUGGCAAUUUUCGGCCGGCCCCAGAAUCCCCCAGGUGAGACCUCAAACCAGAUUUUAAUAACUCCAUGACUUCCUCAUAACUGUUUCAGAUAAGUGGAUUUCAUCCUUUUUCAGUCGAUCGAGAAGCAGCAUGAGCAUUUUUAAAUUCAUCCACAUUAGCUGAAAUCAUACCUU